AUGUCUCCGGCGCGUCCCUGCGCCGGGCUGAGGGCCGUGGUGGCUGCCAGCGUGGGGCUGGGUGACGGGCCGGCGGGCUCCGCCCGUAGCGGCCGCCUCCUCCGCCCGCCCUGCCCCGCUCCGGCGGCGCCUGGAGCCCGGCUGUUGCGGCUCCCGGGGAGUGGGGCCGUGCAGGCCGCCAGCCCCGAGCGCGCCGGCUGGACUGCGGCGCUGCGGGCCGCCGUGGCAGAGCUGCGCGCCGGCGCCGUGGUGGCCGUCCCCACCGACACGCUGUACGGCCUGGCUUGCUCGGCCGGCUGCUCGGCGGCACUGGACGCCGUGUACCGCCUCAAGGGCCGCAGCGAGGUGAAGCCGCUGGCCGUGUGCCUGGGCCGCGUGGCCGACGUCUACAGGUACUGCCAGGUGACAGUGCCUGAGGAGCUCCUGAAAGACCUCUUGCCAGGACCAGUGACCCUGGUGAUGGAACGCUCCCAGGAGCUCAACAAAGACCUGAACCCCUUUACUCCUCUUGUAGGCAUCAGGAUUCCUGACCAUGCCUUCAUGCAAGACUUGGCGCAGAUGUUUGGGGGGCCUCUUGCUCUCACCAGUGCUAACCUCAGCUCUCAAGCCAGUUCUCUGAACAUAGAGGAGUUCCAAGACCUCUGGCCUCAUUUGUCCCUGGUCAUUGACGGGGGACCCAUUGGGGAUGGUCAGAGUCCUGAAUGUCGCCUUGGUUCUACUGUGGUUGACUUAUCUGUGCCUGGAAAGUUUGGCAUUAUUCGUCCAGGCUGUGCCCUGGAAAAUACUACAGCCAUCCUCCAACAGAAGUAUGGGCUGCUCCCUUCACAUGGGUCCUGCUCCUGACACUCAGGAGGGAGGACCAAGGACACUACUGGAUACUAUGUGUCUGUCUGCUGCUGGUUGUUGGGCCUCAUUCGCAGAGGCCAGUGGAGCCGUGUCUCUAGCCCAGUCCUUUCGGCAACAUGUCUUUCUGGACUUCACAUACCAGAAACUGCUGGCUUAGCCUCACACUUGGUGUGGGGGUGAGGGGAGUAUAUUAUAUUUAUUCCAUAGUUCCUUAUAUCAACCAAAAGUUGAAUAAAGAUUAAGAACAUUCCUAGGGUGGCCUGAGUCUAAUAAUAGUUUCUUUUUUUCUUCCCUCUACCUCUUUUAAAUUGUGAAAUAAUUUAAACCAAGCACCGUAGUGCAUGUGCCUGAAAUCAAAGCACUUAUAAUCCCAGCACUCAGGAGGAUGGUAAAUGCAAGGACAGCUUGAGCUAGUGUUCAAGGCCAGCUGGGUUACAUAACAAGAUACUGUUUCAAAAAAAAAAAAAACAAGUAAAGAAAAGUAAUUUAAGUAACAGAUUUAGAAGCUAGUGAGAGCUUCCUUUCUGGUGGAUCCAAACCAACUGGAAGUGCCCAUGUAAAGUCCCAAGGGACCAUUGGGACCAGCAGCAAGGGUUUGUUUGGGCUUCUGAAGCUGGAAUCUGGUUUGAGUAAACAUUGCAGAGCUAUAGAGCAAACCCUCUCCUCUGUGCCAGAGGACAAACAUUUUGAUCUAAUGAUAGAAAUCUUGGGAGAGGGAUCCACAUUAAACAAAUCUGAAACAUCCUUUUUAGUCAGUACUUUCUUAUUUAUCCCUAAAUUAUAUGCAUAAUUUAACUACAGUGUUUACUCAGCAGCCUUUUUGCUUCAUAAUGUAUACCAAGUGUUGUACAUAAUUAUUGGGCAUUUUGAACUUUUCCUUUAAUAAAAAGUCUGUUAAACACA